ACUAUAAUUUUUACCUCUUACGAAGUGAAAUGAUCCGAAUUGUCAUGUGACUUUCAUCUGGGUAAAGAUGGCUGCCACUACGGGAAAUGUGAGGGCCUCUGGCGAUUCUGUCCCCGAAAUCUUCGAGUCUAUGGACUAUGGACCAGCUCCGGAAAGCCCAGACGUUGUACGGGCAUGGUUGGACAAAUAUGACCGCAGCUUUGGUCACUUCAUCAAUGGGAAAUGGGUGAAACCAGAGGGGAGGAAAACCUACCAGACUAAAUGUCCUUCUACAGGUGAGGUCCUGGCCACAACAAUCCAGGGUGAAGAUGAAGAUGUAGAUCUGGCUGUGGCAGCAGCGAGGAAGGCGUUUGAGUCAUGGAGCACACUACCCUGUCAUGUCAGGGCUCGCUACCUCUACAGUAUUGCCCGUAACAUGCAGAAGCACCAGCGAAUCCUGACAGUCAUGGAGAGCCUGGAUAACGGGAAGCCGUUCCGUGAGAGUCGCGAUGCAGACAUCCCUCUGGUGGUGCGACACUUCUACCACCAUGCAGGCUGGGCACAACUUAUGGACACAGAGAUGAAGGGGUGGAAACCCAUUGGUGUUGUGGGAGCCAUUGUCCCCUGGAACUUCCCCCUGAUGCUGCUGACAUGGAAGGUGUGCCCUGCCCUGGCCAUGGGGAACACUGUAGUCCUGAAGCCUGCUACAUACACCAGGAUGUCUGCACUCAUGUUAGCUGAGAUCUGCGCUGAAGCUGGGCUCCCUCCUGGUGUAUUUAACGUGGUGACAGGAAACGGCAGGUUUGGGAGUAAACUGGCCUGCCACCCUGAUGUGGAUAAAGUAGGCUUCACUGGGUCUACAGAGGUAGGACAGUUGCUGCGCCGUGCAGUGGCUGGUACAGGGAAGAAGCUGUCCCUGGAGCUGGGGGGGAAGUCUCCCUUCGUGGUGUUUGACUCAGCAGACCUGGACAGUGCUGUGGAGGGGGUGGUGGACGCCAUCUGGUUCAACCAGGGGCAGGUGUGCAGUGCAGGUUCUCGCCUGCUUGUCCAGGAAUCUGUCUUCAACCCCUUCAUCACCAAACUGAAGGCGCGCAUGAGUCACCUGCGGGUGGGGGAUAAUCUGGACAAGUGUAUCGACAUGGGGGCUCUGGUGGACGAGACUCAGAUGAAGACUAUAAAAGAGUAUGUGGAGGAGGCCAGGAAAGAAGGGGCAGAGGUUCACCAGGUAUCAGCCAGUUUCCCUAAGCAUGACAAGGGGUUCUUCUACCCACCUACACUCAUCACUAAUGUGCAGACUGUGUCAAGGGUCGUCAGAGAAGAGAUCUUUGGCCCAGUGCUGGUGGCCCUGCCAUUCCGUACUGCUAAGGAGGCCAUCGCCCUGGGUAACAACACCAACUAUGGGCUGGGGGCAAGUGUCUGGACGGAGUCUAUUCCUCUGGGACUGGAGGCUGCAGUUAGUCUGAAGGCAGGUGCUGUCUGGGUGAACUGUCACAACAUGUUUGAUGCUGCAGCUGGUUUUGGAGGCUACAAGGAGAGUGGAUAUGGAAGAGAUGGGGGAAAAGAGGGCCUGUAUGAGUAUGCCAAGCCCUCCUGGCAGGACAGACCCCGCCCCAACUGUGGUGAAAUCAACUACACAACAUUUGCUGCCAAGUAUGGGGCAACUGUGCCCCCCAUCCCUGGCAGUGGUACAGUCGGGGACAAGAGUCUGACUUCAGAUGGAGCUAUUUUACCAGGGAUUGACCGUACCUACAAACUGUACUACGGUGGGGGACAGAAGAGGCCGGACGGGCAGUACUCGCGGCCAGUGACUGGUCAGGAGGGCAGGGUGCUGGCGCUGGUGGGCGAGGCUAACAGGAAGGAUGUGAGAAACGCCGUGGAGGCUGCACACAAGGCCGCUCCUGGCUGGGGAAAGCGUGCUGCCCACAACCGUGCCCAGAUUGUGUACUACAUGGCAGAGAACCUGGAGAUCCGCAGGCAGGAGUUCACACAGCAGCUGCAGCUCAUGACUGGUCGCAGCGAGGAGGACUGUAGGAGAGAAGUGGACCUGGCUGUACAGAGGCUGUUCUACUGGGGAGCCUACUGUGACAAGUACGGGGGCACUGUGCAGGAAACCACCUUAUAUGGAGUCACGGCCAAGAUCCACGAGCCAAUGGGUGUGAUCGGCAUUGCCUGUCCAGAGGAAUACCCUUUGCUGGGGUUCGUGUCACUGUUCGCACCGGCUGUCGUCCGUGGUAAUGCCAUGAUAGUCGUACCCAGUCAGAAACACCCACUCAGUGCUCUGGAUUUCUAUCAGGUGUUUGACACAUCUGACCUGCCAGGGGGCGUUGUGAACAUCCUGACAGGGGACAGGGACCACAUCACCAAGUACCUGGUGGAACAUCAGGACAUCCAGGCCAUGUGGUACUUCGGGUCUGCUGAGGGGUCAAAGUUCGUAGAGUGGACCUCUGCGGAGAACCUGAAGCGUACCUGGGUGGAUUAUGGGAUAGCUCGUGACUGGACAGACCCCCAGCAGGGCCAGGGGGAGGAGUUUCUGUACCAGGCAACCCAGGCCAAGAACAUCUGGCUACCAAUGGGGGACAUCUUUGCAAAUUGAUUGACAUCUAAUUUGCAUAUUGUGUGUUUGUAGAAUAUAUAGACUGUGUUGUGUAUUGUAGAAAGUAUGUAUGCCAUAUGAAGCUUUGUCAGUAUUCUUAAAACUUUCUUACUAUUCAGGCACAUUUAGUCAUAGUUACACAGUUUCCUGAAUAAAAAUAACAUUUUUUUCACAUUAAUUCAUGCACUUCAUUUUAUUUCAUACAACUUACUAAUAAGACAUACUUUAGUGCCUGUGCAAAAUAGAUUAAGGUGAUUAAUAAUCUGGUAAUUGUGCUUGCUUGAUAUAUUUUCUGGCUGUGCCAUUUGAUACAAAUAAAUAAAAUUUCCAGUUUUGUAAAAAUGGAGAGAUUUAUAAGAAGAUAAUGAAGAUUUAAGAAUUGUAUCAGUACUUUUUGAUACCUCAAUUUCAUCAGUCACUUGGUGAAUUAGAAUAAUGAUAUCAGACAUGGAAUACAAAUGUCUUCCCAAAAGUAUCUAUUUUCUAUACUCAAAUUGAUUGGGUGCUUUGUACCUGUCCUAUUUCAUAUAUAAUACAUAUAGCACAUGGUGAUUAUUGUAAUUCUUGUACAAACUAUAGACUUAAAAUGUCUUCCAAAAGAUUUAAAAUGUGGAUCAUUAUUGACUUGAACUUUGUGUGAAACUUUGAGCAAUUUUUUUUAAACUACUGUUGAUUGAAAGAUGAUACAGGAUAGGAUCAAUUCAUUGAGUCAAAAUAAAUCUUAAAAUCUGAC